AUGCAAUACAAAAAGACCCUAGCUACCGCCGCUCUAGCAACCUCUGCUCUAGCUGCUUACGUUCCAUCUGAACCAUGGUCCACUCUAACUCCAUCUGCUACUUACAAAGGUGGUCUAACUAACUAUGCCUCUACUUUCGGUAUUGCUGUUGAACCAGUUGCUUCUGCUUCUGCUUCUUCCAAGGCUAAGAGAGAUGCUAUUUCUCAAAUCGGUGAUGGUCAAAUUCAAGCUGCUACCACCACUAAGACUACCAACGCUGCCAAGACAACUAAGGCUGCCGUUUCUCAAAUCAACGAUGGUCAAAUCCAAGCUGCUACCACUACUAAGACUACAAAGGCCGCUGUCUCUCAAAUCGGUGAUGGUCAAAUCCAAGCUGCUACUACCACCAAGGCCGCUGUCUCUCAAAUUGGUGACGGUCAAAUCCAAGCUGCUACUACUACUAAGGCUGCUGUUUCUCAAAUCGGUGACGGUCAAAUCCAAGCUGCUACUGCCACCAAGGCUGCUGUCUCUCAAAUCGGUGAUGGUCAAAUUCAAGCUGCCACUAAGGCUGCUGUCUCUCAAAUCGGUGACGGUCAAAUCCAAGCCGCUACUAAGACUGCUGCUGCUGUCUCUCAAAUCGGUGAUGGUCAAAUCCAAGCCGCUACAGCUACCAAGGCCGCUGUCUCUCAAAUCGGUGAUGGUCAAAUCCAAGCUACUACCGCUACCAAGGCUGCUGUCUCUCAAAUAACUGAUGGUCAAGCUCAAGCUGCCACUGCCACUGAUGGUGCUUCUCAAGACACUGACGGUCAAGUUCAAAACAAAGAUUCUUCUAACCCAGUUACUAACGUUUCCUGUAAGGUUGACGGUACUCUAGAAAUGUCUAUCAAGGAUGGUAUCUUAACUGAUGGUAAGGGUAGAGUUGGUUCUAUCGUUGCUAACAGACAAUUCCAAUUCGAUGGUCCACCACCACAAGCUGGUGCCAUCUACGCUGCCGGUUGGUCUAUUACCCCAGAAGGUAACCUAGCUCUAGGUGACCAAGAUGUUUUCUACCAAUGUCUAUCUGGUGACUUCUACAACUUGUACGAUGAAUCCAUCGCUACUCAAUGUCACCCAGUUUACUUACAAGCCAUUGACUUGGUUUCCUGUUAA